AUGGGCUUGUGUGGUGAAACAAAGAUCGCAAAUAAACGUGAUUCAUGGGUUACAGCAAUUCAAGUAUUCGAGUAUUACAUUUCACAUCAUUUGGGUAAAGGUUUCGAGUCAGUAUUCGGUGGUGUUACCUGUUUACCAGGUUGUUUCUGUAUGUAUCGGUUGAAAGCACGUAAAGGCAAAGAUGAUUGGGUACCAAUUAUCACCAAACCAGAAAUAGUUCAAGAAUAUUCACAAAAUACCGUUGAAACGUUACAUCAAAAGAAUUUAUUAUUGUUGGGUGAAGAUCGAUUUUUGACAACUUUAAUGUUAAGGAAUUUCCCACAUCGUAAAAUGAUGUUUUGCCCAAAAGCCGUUUGUAAAACAGUUGUACCAGACGAGUUCAAUGUUUUGUUAUCACAACGUCGUAGAUGGAUCAAUUCAACUAUACAUAAUUUAUUGGAACUUGUGCUUGUUAGAAAUUUAUGUGGAACAUUUUGUUUUUCCAUGCAAUUUGUUAUUUUCAUGGAGCUUGUUGGUACCGUUGUGUUGCCAGUUGCAUUGGUGUUGACAUAUGGAUUAAUGGUCACUUUGGUUCUUAAGCCACCACGAGACUUGAUAGAAGCUAUUCCACUAAUGAUGUUGGUUUUGGUGCUUGGAUUACCUGCAAUUUUGAUUUUGCUUACGACGCGUAAAUUGAUCUAUAUAGCUUGGAUGUUUAUUUAUUUGUUGGCUUUACCUGUUUGGAAUCUUAUUUUACCGGUAUAUGCCUAUUGGCAUUUUGAUGAUUUCUCAUGGGUACCAGUGAAACGUUGGGAAGACUGGGAACGUACCAGAAUCCAUGAUAAUGAUCCAUUAUUAUCUCAUGAUUCAUAUGAUGCUUAUAGUGAUAGUCGAUAUGGUGGCAAUGAUUCCGCUUCUGUUCGUUCAAAUAAUUCUCAACAUCAAUUUUACGAUUAUUCAAAUAAUCCCACAGGUGAUCAUGGUUAUCCACCACAAGAUCAAUUCGAUGAUAUAAGGUUCCAUGAAAAUGAUAGACAUCAUCAAUAUUAA